AUGCCUCCAAGGUCCUCUGCAGCUCUCCGCCUGUGGAACUCUAGACCGCUAUCGUAUACAUCCUUACUGCGCUUGUGCUCGCCUGCUCUCACACGCGGUUUCCUCGCGGCAAGUCUUUCUGGUGACUCAGCCUCGCCACCUUCGCUUCGAGCCUUCUAUUCGGCUUAUUCGCCGUCAGCUUGGAGGAGACACCGCGCCUUCUCUCUCCACUCUUCUCCUGUUUUGCGUACUCCCGCCGAAACCGCCAACAUGAGUACGAUCCAGCGGAUUACGGAGAAUCUGGAGAAGCCAGAGCUGGACGAUCGCUCGUACCGCGUCAUUCGUUUACCAAACAAAUUGGAGGCGCUGCUGGUCCACGACCCGGAUACCGAUAAGGCCAGCGCCGCCGUCAAUGUCAAUGUGGGCAAUUUUUCCGACUACGACGACAUGCCAGGCAUAGCCCAUGCCGUCGAGCACCUGCUCUUCAUGGGUACUGAAAAGUACCCAAAAGAGAAUGCGUACAAUCAGUAUCUAGCAGCUCAUUCGGGCUCCUCAAACGCUUACACAGCUGCCACUGAAACCAAUUAUUUCUUCGAAGUCGCGGCGAUGGCCGAGUCGACCGACCAGAAGACUGCUGCUGAGACCACCACCAACGGCUCUCUGGCAAAUGGAACAUCGACGAGCAAAAAUUCCUCGACUAGCGAUCUGGCGCCACCUCUGUACGGUGCCCUCGAUCGAUUUGCCCAGUUUUUCGUCAAACCGCUGUUCCUCGAGUCCACUCUCGAUCGAGAGUUGCGGGCGGUGGAUUCGGAGAACAAGAAGAACCUCCAAAGCGACCUCUGGCGUUUAAUGCAGUUGAACAAGUCGCUGUCCAAUUCCAAGCACCCGUAUCACCAUUUUUCAACCGGAAAUCUGCAGACUCUGAAAGAAGAUCCUGAGAAGCGCGGGCUGGAAGUACGGAGCGAGUUCAUCAAGUUCUACGAGAAACACUACUCGGCAAACCGCAUGAAGUUGGUGGUCCUUGGACGGGAAUCUUUGGAUGAGCUCGAAGCCUGGGUGACGGAGCUGUUCUCGGACGUCAAGAACAAGGAUCUCCCUCAGAACCGCUGGGACGGCGUUGAACCCUUCUCCGCGGACGACCUGUGCACGCAGGUAUUCGCCAAGCCGGUCAUGGAGACCCGCUCGUUGGAUAUCUACUUCCCUUUUCUUGACGAGGAGUCCCUGUAUGAGGCUCAGCCCAGUCGAUACAUCAGCCACCUCAUCGGCCACGAGGGACCUGGAAGUAUUCUGGCAUACAUCAAGGCUAAAGGGUGGGCAAACGGCCUUUCCGCCGGCGUCAUGCCGGUUUGCCCAGGCUCUGCGUUUUUCACGAUCUCCGUCCGCCUGACUCAAGAAGGACUUAAGAAAUACCGUGAGGUGGCCAAGGCGAUCUUCGAGUAUAUCUCAAUGAUUAAAGAGCAGGAACCAGAGCAAUGGACCUACGACGAGAUGAAAAACCUCGCCGAGGUCGACUUCCGCUUUAAGCAAAAGUCUCCUGCGAGUCGGUUUACUAGCCGGCUGAGCAGUGUCAUGCAGAAACCGAUGCCCAGAGAAUGGCUUCUGAGCGGCUCUCUUCUCCGCAAGUUUGAUCCGGAAUCGAUCAAGAAGGCCAUGUCCUACCUUCGUGCCGACAAUUUCAGGUUUGUGAUCGUAUCACAGGACUAUCCUGGCGAUUGGGACUUGAAAGAGAAGUGGUACGGAACAGAGUACAAGAUUGAAAAGGUCCCCGAGGCCUUUUUGGCCGAGCUUCGUCAGGCGCUGAACUCGACGACCGAGACGAGACUCUCAGAACUGCAUAUGCCGCAUAAGAACGAGUUCGUUCCUACCAGGCUCUCCGUCGAGAAAAAAGAGGUUUCCGAACCAGCCAAAACGCCCAAGCUUCUUCGCCAUGACGAACGGGUUCGACUCUGGUUUAAGAAGGACGAUCGCUUCUGGGUCCCCAAAGGGACCGUCCACGUCACGCUCAGAAACCCGCUGGUCUGGGCCACUCCCGCAAAUAGCGUCAAAGCCAAGCUGUACUGUGAGCUCGUGAGAGAUGUGCUCGUGGAGUACUCCUACGACGCAGAACUCGCGGGUCUGGACUAUCAUCUGUCCGCCAGUGUCUUUGGUCUAGACGUGUCUGUGGGCGGCUACAACGACAAGAUGUCUGUUCUGUUGGAAAAAGUGCUAACCAGCAUGCGUGACUUGGUCGUCAACCCGGAGCGGUUCCACAUCAUCAAGGAACGUCUGUCCCGUGGGUACCGCAAUGCGGACUACCAGCAGCCAUUCUACCAGGUGGGUGACUAUACCCGGUAUCUCACCUCGGAGAAGACUUGGAUCAACGAGCAGUAUGCUACGGAGCUGGAGCAUAUUGAGGCGGAGGACGUCGCCGCCUUCUUCCCCCAAAUCCUCCAGCAGACGCACAUUGAGGUUUUGGCUCACGGUAAUCUAUAUAAAGAGGAUGCCCUCAAGUUGACCGACCUGGUGGAAAGUACAUUGAACAGCCGCCCGCUGCCCCUGGCGCAGUGGAACGUGCGACGCAAUAUAAUCAUUCCACCGGGAAGCAACUAUAUAUAUGAACGCACCCUUAAGGACCCCGCGAACGUCAAUCACUGCAUCGAAUACUACCUCUUUAUUGGGAAUAUCACGGACAAUGCUUUGCGAGCCAAGCUGCUCCUCUUUGCCCAGAUGACCGACGAGCCUGCAUUUGACCAAUUGCGGAGCAAGGAGCAACUUGGAUAUGUGGUAUGGAGUGGCGCACGGUACUCGGCCACCACAUUUGGCUACCGGGUGAUCAUCCAGAGCGAGCGCACAGCCGACUACCUCGAAUCCCGGAUCGAUUCAUUCCUCGGCAACUUCGCGCGCACGCUGGAGGAGAUGACCGAGGAAGACUUUGAGGGACACAAACGCAGCGUCAUCAACAAACGCUUGGAAAAACUCAAGAACCUGGGUUCGGAGACCACCCGCUACUGGUCACAUAUCGGAUCGGAGUAUUUCGAUUUCUUGCAGAACGAAAACGACGCGGCCGGCGUGCGCUCCCUGACAAAGGCGGACAUUGUUCAAUUCUACAACCAGUUCAUUGCCCCGCAGUCGUCAACUCGGGCCAAGCUCUCCAUCCACCUCAUCGCACAGUCCAAUACAAACGGAAACGCCGCGGAUGGGCCUCAAGACCGUCAGGCCCGCGUGGUUGCUGAGCUGGGAAAACAGCUCGAAGCGGCCGGCUUCGCUGCGGACACCGACCGUCUGGAGGCUGCUUUAAAGAAGGCGACCGAGAAGAGCGAAGUCCUCUCGGCCUUCCAUACCUUUAUGCUCUCCGAGAUGAGUCUCUCGGAGGAACAGGCAAAGCCGGUCCUCAGCAAGGCUGAGCAGAACCUCGGGCUGGUGUUCGGCUCGCCCGCCGAGGGGUCAGAGCUCACCAACAGCGGCACGGAGAAGCCACAACAGCCAGCAAUCACUUACAUUACCAACGUACCUGAGUUCAAGACUCGACUGUCUGUCAGCGCCGGACCUCACCCAGUGACAGACCUAACUGAAUUCGAGGAUUUUGAUCCCAAGCUCUGA